AUUGCCUUGACGUAAAAGGUAGCAUCUCUGAAUGUCCUAAUUGUCCCUAGGCGACAGAAAGAAAGGAGAGCCUCCAUUGGCAGGGUUCAUUCAACGCGUUUCGUUUCACAUGGAAAUCUUGGUGUUUUGUGGUCGAGUUGUUGUCCCUUGCAGUGGUACUUGGCGGAUGCUAGGGACACACCCGUAGCACAGAUGAGACGCUAGCGACGAAGCAAUCGAAGCCCGGACCCCCUGGCCAGGUCAGUUUUGUGACAUGCACCCCAACUGUGCCCCUACAGCAACCCCCCUAUCUUGGGCCAGAAUUGCUAACUUGCUACCUGAAGCCCGUCAGACAUUUUCGAUCCCGUCCCUUUCCCCCCCCCUCGAGGAAACAACUCACAGCCUGUCGACGUGUAGCCGUGUUUGCUUCGACGACGAGGCACCGCCGAAGACAAUCAGUCGACUGUCCACGACCCCAGGCCCCCUGGGCGCAACGUGCUUCCUUUUCACCGCCUACCGCUGGAGUCCAAUCGAGCACUCUAACGAGCAUUGGCAACCUCGUCCCAACAGCGAUUGGGUCAAGCCAUGAGCUCAUCCGACCAACUGUUCCGACGUUGCUAAAAUCCGACCCAUCGAUGCUCACCAAAUAAAUAAACACCGACCCGCGACAGUCGCCCCGUUUCUUUCUGUUCAUACGGCCGUACCCGCUGGAGAGACUGCGCCCAAGACGGGGGUUCAGACAAAGGCAGAGACGCCAUAAUGGAUUUUCCUCGGGGUCUGCCCGACAACCCAGCCCACGCCCGCCGCGCUGUAGAGGCUGCUGCUCGCGCAAAUCCCGUUCCACCACCACCAGUUCCGAGCAUCAAAGAUGUGCCGUCAAAUACCAACCUCUCGGCCUCGGGGCCUAUCUCAUCGAGCCAGGUGCUCGCCCUCGCGAGGGAGGCCAUGCGGGCCGCUCACGAAAACGAAGCGAAAGCGGCAGCCGCCAGCGGAGUUAGCAACACGCUUCCAAAACCAGGCCUCACCAUUGAUCUGAGCAGGAAGAAGAUUGCAAAGUUGCCAGAGGAAAUCGUCGACAUAAUAAAGGACGAACUAGAGCGACUUGCCCUAUCACACAACUACUUGGAAACCAUCCCAUCACGUCUGCCAGAAUGCACAUCAUUGCGGUAUCUCAACGUCCGACAGAACCAGAUCAAAGAAUUUCCCCUUGCGCUCUGCGACCUAAAAUCCCUAGAGAUUCUCGAUCUGGGCCGAAAUCAGUUGCAAACUCUGCCGCCAGAAAUCAUCAAGCUGUCGUCCCUCAAGGUCUUCUCGAUUCACAAGAACCAAAUCACGAAGCUGCCGCUGUGUCUUGCCGAAAUGCCGUCACUGUCGGUCAUCAAACUCGAGGGCAACCCCCUGGAGUUUCCGCCCCGGGAGGUCUGGGAUAGUGGCGGAGAUAACGCUGGAGCGGCCAAGGAGAGUGACAUGACCGAGGUGGCCCUGACGACACGCAUCAAGAAGUUUCUCAAGCUCACGGCUUCAAGUAUGAAUGGGCGUGGUGAUUCCGAUUCGGUGGGAGACGAUGCGGAAGGAACCGAAACACCGCGGCCAACAAUCAAGCGAGUAUUCAGUGGUCGAUUCCCCGUCCGGGUCAACGGCAGCGAUAUGCCCGAUCUUCGAUCACCGGCUCUUACUCGCCCUCCACCAAUUCCCUCGCGCUCACACUAUCGUGGACUCUCUCAGCAAAAUGGAGCACAGCGGAGACCUGGAGUCAUGCCGCUGACCAUCGGUAACCCAAACGAACGGGUGCGCAGCAAUUCAGAGACGAUUGUGCAAACCUCAAGCAGGGAGCGGUCCGAAAGCAGGUCACGGCGGAUGGGCAUUGUGUCAAAGCGGUCAGAGCUCAGCACCUUGGAGGAAAUCGAGGGUACAAACCGGUUCAGCCAUUACCGCGGGCUCAGUCAUGGAUCCGCCAUGCAAGGGAACGGGACCGUCAUGCAGGUGCAGAGUCCAAACGUCACAAGCCCGGCCGAACCGGCACUGCAACGGCCCGUUUACGUGCGCAGGCUGUCUAUCCUGCCAGAGAGGAGACGGGAGUCCAAGGUGUUUGAUCCGGUGCUGGAAGCUUCCAAGGGCAUUUUGUAUUCCAUCUUCCAGAUCCAUCCGAUGAUCCAAAUGUUGAUCGGUCUGACCAACGACGGAACCUCACGCCGGUCCAACUCUUUGGAGAUUGUCUUUUACAACACCAACGCCCAUGUGGAACAGCUGGAGCUGGAGAUUCAGAAGCAUGACCAGGCGAUGGAUGCUGGGGGUUCGAGGGAAAACGAAAACGUGCAAAGGGCAUGCAUCACGCUGAUCAAUGCCUACACGCACGUCUGCUCGCUGUUGAUGAGCAACGUUGACCUUUUUCUGGACAAUGGCGACCCGCGGUACAUUCGGACUCUGUUGACGCAGCUCUAUAAUAGCAUAAUGGAGCUGCGUGUGACAUGCUCACAGGUCGCUCCGCGGUCUCUGCCGCCGCAUAUGCGAACGGACCCGGGCGAAACCCUCCGCCCUCACUCGCGGGAGAAUUCUUUUGUUCCUCCCACGGCCGACCGCCCGGCUAUGAUCAACAACAGGUCGCGGAACGGGACAUUUGUCCACCACCCGAGCAGCCUCCGGGUGACCACCGAUGUCCCUCUGGGGCCAUUUGUCAAUGGCUCCAGCAGGACAGCCAUUAUGAGCGCUGCCACACCCCGCUCAGGAGAGUCGUUUGCUUCCAACAGCACGUCAGGUGUCCGAAACCUGUCGGCUGACUUUACCGAGGAGGACCGCGUCUUUGAACGGAUUUUCCUCUCAUUAACCAAAACGGCGGAUCUAGUCAUGCGGAUACUACCCCAACUAAGCCAGCAGCUUUCGUCGUCGAUGAGACUGGCAAUGGCGCAGCGAGCCCCCGAGCACGUUGUGCAGCCCUGGAAGAUGUUGAUCCACCGGUGUACAGUCUCGAUUCAGCAAACAGAGAGUUUGAAGCAGAAGCUGUCGACGAUCAAGCUUAAGGAGCCAGGGAUCAGGACACAGGCGCCGUUUUGGGGCCUGUGCAGCAGUUUCAUUGAUUCCUGGUACAUGCUGGUCACAAAGAUCAAGCAACUUCAAAGCGAGGUUCAACUGCCAAUAGACACCAGGUCGAGGUUGCGACCGGUUCAUCAGAGCAUGAAGGAAACAUGUGACCUGAUACACUCGAGUCCUUGGGCAUACUUUACACGACAAGGGCAUCACCAUGGGCACCAUGGCCAUCACGGAAACCAUGGGCAUGGGCCUAAUCAUGGGUCGGAGAAUUUGAGUCCUUACAACUUGCAACCAUUACCGAUGACGCCGCAGAGUGCCGCCUUGGGUCCGGCAGUCCAGGCGACUGUGCCUUCCACCCCACAGAGCGCUUCGUUUGCGGCGGCGUUCCAGGGCAAUGUAUUUGAACGAGCGGAUACCUUGCUCUCCAUGGGAGGGCUAGGCAUGUCGAGGCACGGGACUAUGAACUCCACCUCGACAACAGCGAGUCUCACCACGGCGGGCAGCAUGCACUCUGUGAACUCGAGCCAGGAUAUUCCGACUCCGAGCUCGGCCCUAAGCCCAAUGCCUUGGCCAGGACAUGGACACUCGCAAGGGAGCUUGAGUGUGCUACCGUUGCGACUCCCAGCAGGAGGUAGCAAUGGGAAAAUGAAUGGAUUUUGAGAAGGAUGACGAGGGACAUGUUGUAUGAGUAAAUUUUUUGGAUUGAUUUCCUGUUUGGUGUUUUGGGGGGGGUUGUCGGGCUGGUUCUGCAUUCUACAUGGGGGUCGAAAAUACGGGCUCAUCAUCUACACAGGUCGGCGUUCGUUCGUUUGAGAAAGCACAAGAUAUAUCACGUAAUGUGUUAUGGUUUCUGGAUUGCGGGAGAAAAAACAAGCAAAGCAUGAGUUGUUAUACUAUUGCUAUAUUAGGCAGGCGAGAGGGUCUUGGAUUUGGGUUUAUUAGUUACCUACCUACGAGUAGAUAUUCCCGAGUUUUGGAAGAAUACAAGUAAUUGGAGAUUGAUGCUGCUGUAGGAGUAUUGUAUCCUGUGUGCAUGUAGCAUGAGUGAGCCGGUGU